CUAGAUUCUAUAUGAUCAGUAGUGUGUCCUGUGAGUGUACAGGAUGAGCAGCACAUUUGUGACCCUAGCUGAAGUGCUGGAGGCUAGAGGAGGGCCACUGGAGGAGGAUGAGGUUUGGGCCAUCUUGAUCACCUCUGCUGAAUCACUGCUGGAUAUCUUUAGCACAGUAAGUGUCUGUUUUAUUUUUCUAGGUCAUAGCAACAUCUGCAGCAUCAUGAGUCCGACAUCACUGCUCUUGUCUGCAAACGGUACACUAGCAUUUAAGAACUGCACAAUGACGGAUGAGGCGUGUGCCUUCACUGCACCAGAGAUGCUGCAGGGCCGUUCCAUCACCACCAGAACGGCUAUGGAAAAAAUGAUUGUAUACUCUCUUGGCAUGACUCUCUAUUGGUCAGUUGACUAUCACAUUCCUCAAAACCAACCUGUUCAGCUAAGUGAUUCUCUGAACCGCCUCCUCCUGAGCAUGUGUGAGGAUGUGGCCCAUUGGCGAGGGAACCUCAGCACCAUCCUGGAGGCCUGUGAAUCACACCAUAAAGCCUCAAUCCUGCCGCCACCCAACAAAGUCAUCCAGCGGCUGGUGGAAGAGCUCUUCCAAAACUCUGUUGACCAACCCACUCUCACAGAGAACACUGUGCAGCUAAGUGGGAGAAGUUUGAUGGUCAGAGAAAGACUUCAUGGAAAACGGAUAGCGUACCCUGCAUAUGCAGAAGGGAAUGCAAGUGCAGCAGUGAGACGCAGACUGUCACUUGACUCAGAGCUAAAACAGGCAGCUGUACAUCAACAGAAAUCCUGGUCCCUCAAAAACAGAUGCUCGCAGAUUCCUGUUUACCAAAGCAUUCAGAGCAGAUUUCUACAUGGAGCUCAUAACAUUGGAGAUGAAAGUUGGCUGUCUAGGAAUUCAUACCAUACCACACCCUGCAAAACUGAACAUAGACUUUCCAACCCUUCUAUUUCUCUCAGCGAGUCUACAGUCAGCCUCAGCCAAAGGAAGACAAAAAGUCUAGGACCUGAGUUUGCAAAAAUGGCUGAUGAGCCUCAUAUUAUUUUAGAGCUGCCUGGAUCUAUAGUGUCAAAGAAAGGAAGGUCUUCCUUAUCUCAGAGGGAAGUUAAUGUGAUGAUGCCAAAUGCACAGUGUAUGGUGGUGAGAUGUGAUAUUAAGUCUAGGGGAAGAGAUGUCUUCGACAUGGUCGUCGCUCAUGCAAACCUUGUGGAGCAUUUUUACUUUGGCCUUGCUUUCAUGGAUGAUGAUGAAUUUUUCUUUUUGAAACAUGAGACGAAAAUCUCCAAAGUGGCGCCAGACUGUUGGAAGAAAUUAGCGACUUCGACAUUCACACUGUUUCUCCGUGUGAAAUUUUUUGCUGAUGAUGUCUCCUACAUAUUGCACAAACUCACACGUCAUCAGUACUAUAUCCAGCUGAGAAGAGAUAUUUUGGAGGGCAGAGUGUACUGUAGUGAGGACAGUGCCAUGUUCCUUGCUGCCUUGGCUCUGCAGGCUGAGUUUGGAGACUACAUACCAGAGGUUUAUGGAAAGAACUACUUCCAGAUGGAGCACUACAUUCCAAAAAGAGUGAUGGAAAAAAUGGCCAUGCAUUGUGUGAGGGAUGAGUUGUCAAGGUUACAUGCCAGUAAUGCAAAUAUUCUUCGAGAAGAUGCGGAGAUAGAAUUUGUAAAGAUUGCACAACAGCUGCCGGAAUAUGGGGUGUUGUUUCAUCGAGUUGCUCGAGAGAAGAAGCUUGCCAUUGGAGAACUCCUUCUUGGAGUUUGUGCCAAAGGAAUUAUGGUUUAUGAAGUCAAGAACAACUGUCGUAUAUUAAUCCGCAGAUUUCAGUGGUCUGAAAUUGACAGUGUUUCCACAAGUUGGCGGAAAUUCACUGUAGAAUGUGGCCCCAGUGGGAAAAAGCACUCCUUUGUAACUGAGAGUUCCAAGAUAGCACAAUACCUCCUGGACCUCUGCUCUGCUCAGCACAAAUUCCAUAGUGAGAUGACUUCUCGACAGCUCACCUACAGUUCAGCAUCAGAUGGCAACAAAGUGAAACAUCCUUUGAUAUGGCGUGCUCGACAAAACCUGUUGAAGAGGAUGUCAUGUUCAGAAGUUGGGCUAAAUAAUGUUGGUCUGAGCAUAUCAUCUAUAAACUCCAUAAGCAAGUCAUGCGAUGACCUUUCAGCCAAAAUCCAGCAGUCAAGAGACCUGCACAAAACACAUGACAUUGCCGGAAUAAGAAGUCUGAAAGAACUGACGAAACCAAGUGAGAGCUGCAGCUCCCCAGAGAGCUUUGGUUCGCCAAUUUAUCGGAUAAUGUCGAACGUCUCCCUGCAAAGGCAAGACUCCGAGCCUUACUCAGUCUCAUCCAGAGUCGACACUCCUGUUAGAACUCCACCAGAAAGAGAAAUUAUCUGUGUUACAUUGAAGAAAGAUCCAAAACACGGCUUUGGAUUUAUAAUAGUUGGAGAGGACAAUACAGGAAAAUUAGAUCUCGGAAUCUUCAUCGCAUCCAUCAUACCUGAUGGGCCAGCUGAUAAAGAUGGCAGAAUCAGGCCAGGAGGACGACUGAUUUCUCUUAAUAAGACCAGUCUGGAAGGAGUAACUUUCAGUGCAGCUGCUGCCAUCUUACAGAACAGCCCAGAUGAAGUGGAUCUUAUAGUGUCUCAACCAAAAUAUGAGUUUGGGGACCGUAAAAGCUCUCUGACUCCUGGCAACCUAGGGCUGAUGCUGGAGAGAGGCUCUGACUCUCGGAUUACCCAGAAUGCAGAGAACAAGACAGUGAAAGAGGACACUGAAUCCAACACUGUCACUCCCAAAAUGGGAAAAAAGUUACAUAUCCCUGUUGUACGAAUUCUAGAUACUAAGGAUGUGUUCUCUAGGUCAUCCUCUAAGUCCAGUCUCAGGCCAGGUGACUUGGUCAGUGUGGAGCUCAAGAAAGUCAAUGGCAGCCUGGGCAUCUGUGUUGCUGGUGGCAUCAACACCAGUGUGCGCCAUGGAGGGAUCUAUAUCAAAAGCCUGAUACCUGGAGGAGCUGCCGAUCUGGAUGGUCGAAUACAGACUGGUGAUAGGCUACUGGAGGUGAAUGGCUGUAACCUGCAAGGUGUCACCCACAAGCAAGCUGUGGAUUGUUUGAAGAAAACUGGAGAGGUUGUGUCUCUGCUUCUAGAGCGGGAGCCUCCUCUGGUGAUGGAGACCUCCAGUUCCCCGUCCGCAGUGAAAAGACAGAAAUCUCCAUUAUCCCUCAGUGCACAGAGCACCAGCACCCCCACUGGCAAAUACACUACCAUGGAAACGCCCUUGUCUGUCAGGACCAAGGACUACAGCUUUGUGUCAGACGAGAACACUCUGGAGGUGACUCUAGAGAAGAGACUAGGUGUUUUGGGCUUUAGCUUCCUCAUCAGUGACUUUAGUCCUGGGGAAGGAAGUGUAGUGCGCAUUAGGAAACUGUUCUCUGGUCAGUCGUCUGAAGAGAUCAGCCAACUCAGGGAGGGAGACGUCAUCCUCGCGGUUAAUGGAGAAUCUGUGAAAGGACUUUCCUAUGAGAAAGUCCUACAGCUGCUGCGGGGAACACCAUCUGAGCUCAAGCUGUUAAUCUGCAGACCUUCAUCUGGCCAACUUCCAGAGAUGGACUUCAUCUCACUGAGUCCUUCCCCAUUUCCGAGUAAAAAACAGAGGUCUCGGUCGUUAGACCUGCGGGAGGAGUCUGUCUCUCCGGACUUCAGUGAAAUACUCCAACAAAAAAACACAGCACUAUGCCAGAGGAAGGACUGUGCUUCACCCAAACCCCAUAAUGUCCAAUUAAUUCAUCAGAGACAGGACAGCGAACAGGAUGAGACUCCAUCCACCCUGUCAUCUCCUCCUACUCCAUCUACUGAUGGACAGCAAGAAGAAAAUCCAGUUGAGGAGCAUGUUCUCUCCGGCACUUCUCUUUCCCAAACACCAACCACACUCACAACAACAACCCCGAACCCUGUACAACCUCCACUCUUACUAGCACCUUCUCCAACAUUCCCAAACCCAGAGCCAGAAGUAAAAGAGUCCUCAAAUAUGUCCUCAAAAAGCAACCACAGCUCAGCUAUUACCAGUGAGCUUGCUGAGGAUUUGGAUGGAAGUAGAGCAUGCUUCAUGGCCAAUGGACUGGAUAUCUUAGCUGAUGAAGAAUAUUUGACCAUUACCACCACUGCAGCUAGUCCUCCAAUCUGCAGCACUGACUCUACCAAUGCUUUGAUCCCUCCUGCACCUUUUCCACUACCUCCCUCACCUUCUCCACAUACCAGUCCAUCUAAAACAACAAAAUCACCCCCUCCUCUAGCUCAGCCCACUUCAACAAACACAAACAAUGGCUGGGAUGAUGAUGAGGAGGAGGAUGAUGAAGACCCUAGAAGGGAAGUGUUUAAGGAGUUUGAGCUGACAGUAACCCUUACUAAAUCCAGAAGUGGAAGUUUUGGGUUUACUAUCACCAGGAGUAAAUUAGACAAUUGCUAUUACAUACAGGAAAUCCUGGAUAAUCCAGCCAAGGCAGAUGGCCGACUCAGAGCGGGAGACAGGCUAAUCAUGGUGAAUGGUCACUAUGUGACCAAUGUGUCUGAUGAAGUGGCCAUGGCUAUUCUGAGAUACUCCCCUAAAAGACUCCACAUGGUGUUAGGCAGAGCUGUACAGAACCUCUUGCCUCCUCCACCACCAGACAGCCUUCAGGACAUUAUCAUAUACAAGCCCACCUCUGGACAAAUGGGAAUUAAGCUCAGAGGUGGCAUUGGCAGUAAAUGGCAGGGGAUUUAUGUUCAAGAAGUGGUGCCAAACUCACCUGCCAGUGAGGAGGGCAGCAUUCAGCCAAAUGACCGAAUUGUCUACAUUAGUGGCAGGUGUACCCUGGGAAUGACGUUGGAAGAUGCUGUGAAGACCUGUGAACAUGCUUCCCACAAAGUCAAACUCAAAGCCAUGAGAGAUGAUCAACCUGUGAUACCCAAAAGCAAAUGGAAUGGUUUCUUUGAUUGGAAGAAAGAGAAGAAGUCCGUCCCUCACUAUGAGGAGCCUAGGUCAUCUGAGGUGGAGGCUGCUGCUGAUGUUAAACUCAUGGCUGAAAAGGCAGAAGGAUUUGGGCCAAUGCCCUCUGUAACCUCUCAGCAAGAGAGCUGCAUUCUUCAGCUGGAGUUUACUAAACCUGAGAGAGGUGGGUUGGGCUUUUCUCUGGUAGGUGGAAUCAAUGGCAGCAGUCUGCAAAUAAAGGACAUCUGCUGUGGGGGCAUGGCUGAGCAGGAUGGCCGUCUACAUGUGGGAGACAUCCUCCUGGAGGUGAAUGGUGUGAUCGUGUCAGGAUUGAGCUACAUUAAAGUUGUGGAUAUUCUGAGAAGAACAGAGGGGACAGUUCAGCUGACUGUAUACAGAGACACUUUCCCCAUCACUUCCUGCACUGGCCCUAAUUCCUAUACUGAAGACCCUCAAGAGCGCAACACUAAAGACGUUUAUUCUGCACGAUUAGAGCAAACCACACAUAAUAUGGCUGCAAAUGUUCAGGGGUUAGAAUUUAGGUAUUGUAAGUGUUCAUGUUCUCACUUCACAUUGUAUUUUAAUCAAGGUCAAGUGUGGUGUAUUUCUCUGGCAGGAGUAAGCUCACUUCUAGAGGUGCCGGAGGAUCAUUUGUCUUUUCAGUCGUCCGGGUGUCCUGGGGUAAAGCUGGAAUCAGAACAGGAUAGUGGAAACUGUACACCUACCUUUCAGGGCUGUUGCCCAUCUCUGAGUGUCACAGAUAUGCUACAGAGCAGGACAGACCCCCAGAAACAGAAUCUAGAAAAUUCUGGCAAAAUCAUGGAAAAAAAUUCCACAGACAGCUGGAGCAGUGAUGAUGAUGAAGAUGAAGGCGAUGGUGAUGAUACUUCUCAGCCUUCCUCUAAAGAAACAACACCACACACAGGUCCACCCAUUGUGUCAGAGGAGGAACUGACCAGACUUGCCUUGAUCAGCCCACCUAUGAAUGGCCAGUACUCAGGGUCCAGGCUCAAAAGUCUUAUUCAAAAUCUUCAUAAUCAAUUGGAUCAGCAUGACCUGGUCAAAGAGUUUAUGGCAUUAGGGCAUCUGACACCCUCAGAUAACUGCCUGGUUGGAAAAGCACCAGAGAACCGAGAGAAGAACCGAUACAGAGAAAUCCUGCCCUAUGAUAAGACACGAGUUCCUGUGGGAGAGAAACAGGACUAUAUUAAUGCCAGCUACAUCCAGAUGAAGGUGGGCCCAGAUGAGUUUUUCUACAUCUCAUCACAGGGACCUCUGCCCAACACUCAGGACUGCUUCUGGCAAAUGGUUUGGGAGAACAAGUCUGACAUCAUUGCCAUGAUGACCCGGGAAGUGGAGCGCGGCAGAAUCAAGUGCCACAAGUACUGGCCUGAGAAACUUGAUGUUCCCAUAGAAACUAGCCACUACCAACUGAUCCUGAAGAACUACCAGAACUUGGACUACUUCCACAUAAAGGUCAUCAAGAUGGUAGAGAAAGAGACUGGAGCCACACACUUUGUGAAGCACCUGAAGUUCACCACAUGGCCUGACCACAGCACGCCUCGCUCUUCCAAGCAGCUAGUGCACUUUAUCCGAUACAUGCGUGCAGUACACUUGAACGGGCCCAUCACAGUACACUGCAGCGCAGGCAUAGGCCGGGCCGGUGUCCUCAUCUGCACUGAUGUCAUACUCGGCCUCAUAGAGCGAGACCUCACUAUUAAUGUGAGUGAGAUUGUGAAGGAGAUGCGGCUCCAGCGCCAUGGGAUGAUUCAAACCAAGGAACAGUACAUCUUCUGUUACAAAGUGUGGCUGGAUGUGUUGCAGAGCAUCUCCCUUCUUCAUGGCAACCAGUGGCAAUCAGAAACCCCCUUGUGAACGAGUGAAUGAGUUCUGGCUUUUUUCCACGUUAAGUUAUUCCACAGUUUCCUCAGUGGGGCGACAGCUCUCAUCUGUUUGAAUGGUGUUGAAAUACUGUUAUAAGAAGUUAAUCACGUGCACUGAGUUUGAGUUUCAGUGCUGUUCUGAUCGUUUAGUAUUAAAUAUAUGGCACAGGAAGCACACUAGACAUUUUCAUCAACUGUGUUAUGACCUCGUAUGACUUGAUUUAUAUCUUCACCUACCAUGCAUAACUCAAAGCACAGAUUUCCUAGCCAUCAAAUGCGCUUUGCUAUUUUGCCUUGAAUGUGUAGUCAGGUACAGCCGACUGAAUAUAUGGAAACGUGUCUUUUAAUAUGUAUCUUUCAUUAAUUGUCAUUAUUGUUACUACUAUUAUUUAGACAAGAUCAAUGCUGCACAAUAUCAUGACAACAGCAAUAUAAGCGAACAACCGACUGAUAUUUCAUGUAGGAUUUAAAAACAAAAUUCAACUAGAAGUCAUUAUUAUACUUUUCUUAGACAUGACUUAAUCAUUUUAAAGAGCUAUUUUUACUUUUAAGAGCUAAAAAAACAUUGAGAAAAGUGCCUUUUAAUUUUUCCUGUUGAGGAGCUUCCUCAGUUGUCUCUCUCACUGAAGUAAACUAAUUUUGGCUGCAAGCUGCAAGCUGUCAGAAAUCAAAAAUCAAACUAACCCAAAGAAGAGUGGGUGAAUAUAUGAAAUUAGCAAAUAGAACCUUCUUAUUAGUAUUUGUAAAUUCCAAAACCUUAGCAGCAGGCAUGAAAUAAUGCCAUUAAUUCCAUAUUUUUCCCUCAUGAUAAUCUUGUUUACUGCAUAGUUUCUUUUAUUUCAGUUGUGUACUUAUGAUCGACUGAAGAAAAAGACAAAAGAAAGAUGGUCAUUUUUCCAGUUAAAAUUUUUUGUUUGUUUUUUGGUCAGGACUAUAUUGAAAAUGGGUUGUAAAAUCAUGUAUGAAUCAGAAUUAGGUAAAACUUAUGCUAUUCUUUUUACACACACACAUACACACAGUAAAGUUUGAGUGACUUAAGGAUAUAGAAUUCUAAAAUUAAGGAUAUAUAUUUCUGGGCUCUACCCUUUGCUUACACAUCUUAAGCAUCAGAUUUUUAGUAUUCCACUUGUUUUAAACAUUUCAAGUCAUGUCGGAAAACUUGAAAUGAUUUAUAUAGAGCAUGCUCCACAUCGAAAACAUGGAGUAGCAGUAGUAGUAUGAAAACUGCCAAUGUUCCAAAGAACAUUUCCGAUACAGUAUAUCACCAAAUAAAAGAGGCAGACUUGUAUGACAGAGAUUUUUAUUUAUUCUUUAAUGCUUAAGAUUCCAGGUUUUCUUCUCAAUUUCUAAAAUCUAAAAAUGCCUUGGUGAAACAUGAUUCAUUCUACUCACCUGGUCAGCUGAAAUAUGAAAUGGAACUUAUUUCCAUGCUGUUACAGUAAAUGAACACGUUGAAGCUGCUAUUUAUCCAAUAUCAUUUUGCUGCUUAUGCUGUAUUGCUAUGAUCAUUUUUUUUAUGAUUAUUCGUGGUGUGCAGAGAUGUGCUGCUGUUAUUUGUUCACAUUGUAGAUAUACAGUAUAUUUGCAGUGUCUUUGGAAUCUCUAGGGUGAAUGUAUUAUAUUUAGAAAUGUUUAAAUACCUAAGUAAUCUGUUAUUUUAGUUAUUUUGCAAAUACUAAUAAUAACACAUUUAUAAGUAUAUGUUUAAAAUAGUUAUUAAGUGGUUCUGACAUGUGAAUGUUUCAAGUUUAACAAAGUUCUUAGAUUAUUCUGUAGAGCAGAUUGAUACAAGACACAACUUCGACAGAUAUCUGUGUCUGCUGAUUUCCUCACAUGGUUGCAGGUCCUGCUACUGUUUCACCGUUUCUGAUGCAUUUCAGGGGCGAAACAUAAACAGGAUUUGCCAGUCAAACACACGCACAUGAAGCAGGGUCCUCAUGUUCAACUUUUACUGCUGAAUAAAUACAGCCUCUCCCAUGGAUCAUAGUGACAGUAUGGAAAGCCAGAGACUGUUGUGUUCAGGAGUGGGAAAAUCCAGGCCCUAUUAUUCUUUCAGUUGUGGUAGUGAAUUUUCCUUAAGGGAAUGUGCAAGUUUCUUACACCACCAAGGAAAAAUAAUCUGUAUUUUUACCUGGAGUAGGAAACAAUAAUGCUUUGGAUUAGAGUCUAUGUUUGUGUGUAUUGCUCUAGUUUAUUGCCUAUGUUCAAGCUGUCAGAUUUUUAGUAGCCCAUCUGGAAUGCAUUAACACCUCUGUUUCCAUUAAAACGAAGUGUACAUGAUUUCAAUAAGUUUGUACCAAGAAGACCACUGUAAAACUAAU